AUUGGUUUUUUUGGCAGGCCUUGGGUUUUGGAUGGUAAAUCAAUAGCAAGGAAAGUGACCCAAUCACCCACCGAAUCGAUCAAAGAUGCAGGAGCUUCUCUCGAGUGUCCUAAGUGUCAGCAUAGAAUUGACAACAGUGAUGUAAUCAAUGAAUGGCCUGGCUUUCCAGCUGGGGUGAAGUUUGCCCCAACUGAUGCAGAGCUGCUGGAGCAUUUAGCAGAGAAAUGCAGCAUUGGGAGCUCGAAACCGCACAUGUUCAUUGAUGAGUUCAUCCCAACACUUGAAGGGGAUAAUGGGAUUUGUUACUCCCAUCCUGAAAACCUUCCUGGUGCUAAGAAAGAUGGAAGCUGCGUUCAUUUCUUUCAUCGCACCAUGAAUGCUUAUGCAACUGGUCACAGGAAGCGCAGAAAGAUCCAGAGAGGUGAAGACACUUCCAUUGGCGAAAGUGUGCGCUGGCACAAGACGGGCAGGACCAAGGUCGUGGUCGAAAAUGGUGCUAAAAAGGGCUGCAAGAAGAUCAUGGUCCUGUACAGAAGCUCAAAGGGAAGAGGUUCUAAGCCUGAUAAGGCCGGUUGGACCAUGCACCAGUUCCAUUUGGGCACUGAAGAGGACGAAACUGCUGGUGAAUAUGUUGUUUCCAGGAUCUUCUAUCAGGAAUCCAAGAUGAAUGGGAAGAAUAAUGAUGAGACUUCGGAGAUUCAAGGUUCUGAUACUGUUGUUGCUGGUGUAAUGCAUCCAAGGACCCCGAAUCCUAAUCCUCCCAAUCCACAGCGACAUAACGAUCUUGCUGAUGACACCAUCACUUCAGAUUCCUCUGUCCAGGUUUGGCUACACUUCUUGUAUUUAUUUUGCUGA